CUGCUCUUGUUUUUUUUGCAAUGGAGAAAUAGUGUGGUGAUGUUGGAAAGCAAAGCAAAAAUGUCGUGGUGGUUGGUGAAAGCUCGCAGUCGCUGCCGCUUUUCCCUUUCUUCCGCGCUCCAUGACCGUCGCUUCAUCUUCUUCUCCUCUCAGAGGGAGCAUGUUCACACUUCCACACUCACAGAACCAAGUUUUAUCCACCCUACUGCCGCCGUUCACCCCGAUGCCCUCAUAGGCCAAGGUGUUUCGAUUGGUCCCUUUUGUUCUGUUAGCUCCUCUGCAAAGCUGGGGAACGGUUGUCGACUAUAUCCUGGAAGCCAUGUUUCUGGAAGAACAGAGUUAGGGGACAAUUGCACGUUGAUGACUGGUGCUGUUGUUGGUGAUGAUUAUCCUGGAUGUACCGUCAUUGGAAGCAAUAACUCAAUAGGAUAUCAUGCUGUGAUUGGUGUCAAAUGUCAAGACAUGAAACACAAGCCAGAGGAUGAAUGUUUCCUGGAAAUUGGAGACAAUAAUGAUAUCAGGGAACAUACUUCAAUCCACCGAUCUUCAAAAUCAACUUAUAGGACGGUUAUUGGUAAUGGAAAUCUUAUAAUGGGCUCUUGUCAUAUUGCCCAUGAUUGCAAGAUUGGUAACAACAAUAUUUUUGCUAACAAUACUCUUCUAGCUGGACAUGUCGAAGUGGAAGACUAUGUUCACACUGGAGGUGGAACUGCUGUGCACCAAUUCUGUCAUCUUGGCUCGUACUCUUUUCUCGGUGGUGGUUCUGUGCUUACACAAGAUGUCCCAAAGUACGUGAUGGUAGCCGGAGAAAGAGCAGAGCUUCGUGGUCUUAAUUUAGUGGGCCUUACACGAUGUGGAUUCAGCACUGCAGAGAUCAGAAACCUGAGAACAGCUUAUAGAAAGAUAUUCAUGUCCUUUGAUGCAAAUGCGGGGUCUUUAGAAGAAAGGAUUGCAGAAGUGGAGCUGCAUGAAGAAUUGGGUCACGUUCCUGUUGUCCGUGCCAUGUUGCAGUCUAUUCGCAACUCAAUUGCAGAAAAUCGUCGUGGAAUAUGCAGGAUUAGAAACUGGAAUGUCUCUUGAAGCCUACACGAGACAGUUUACAGUGAAUUUAGUUUACGAUGGAGUGAUUCUUUUCAUUGCUGUAUUUGAAAGUUGUAUAGGUACUGAAUGUAUCAUUCUCUAAACACAGGGAUAUCGACCCUUAACACAUUCUCCACAUAAUAGCCUCACUUUGCGUAAA